AUGUCUCGUUUCACGCAGUUUUUCAACUUGGGCCUCACGGGGGCAGCAAUUCUCGGCCUUGGAAAUGCUAUGCCAUUGCGUCGCAGCAGUACCACCUCCUUUAGCACUCUUUCUGCUUCUCAAAUCUCCAGUUUCAAGCCUUUCAGUUUCUACGCUGCCAUGGCCUACUGUCAGCCAUCACAGAUUCUAGAUUUGUCUUGUGGCCAAAAUUGCGAUGCAAACCCGACAUUCCAGCCUAUUGCAUCAGGAGGGGAUGGUGUAGAUGUACAGUUUUGGUAUGUUGGUGUCGACCCGACUCUCGAGACAGUCAUCGUGGGACACCAGGGCACUGAUCCAUCAAAAAUUGUACCGUUGCUGACGGACGCCGACUUCUUCCUGAAAAACUUGAACUCCACGUUGUUCCCAGGAAUUGAUCCCUCUAUACAAGUCCAUAACGGCUUCGCAGACGAACAUGCCAAAACAGCGGAUUCUGUCCUUGCUGCGGUACAAACCGCCAUUCAACAAAGUGGAAUCAACAAAGUCACUAUGGUUGGACAUUCACUAGGUGCUGCGCUUGCCCUCCUUGAGAGUGUCUACUUGCCCUUGUUCAUCCCCGAUGCCACUUUCAAGACUAUCGGGUACGGAAUGCCUAGAGUGGGCAAUCAAGCAUUUGCUACCUACAUCGACAACAACGUCGAUCUCGACCACGUAAACAACAAACAGGAUUUGGUUCCCACGAUUCCUGGUCGGUUCCUUGGUUUCCAUCAUCCCCAGGGAGAAAAGCACAUUCAAAACGACCUCUCAUGGGUGGCUUGCCCAGGAGAGGACAACACUGACAGCAGAUGUAGCACUGGCGACGUCUCAAACGUAUUCGAGGGUAAAAUCGGAGAUCAUGACGGGCCAUACGAUGUAGUCACAAUGGGCUCUGCUACUUGUAAUUAA